CUUGAUUGGCCCAAGCGGAACCAUAUCAACACGCGUCCUUGUUGCUGCAGUAGCAAGCUUCUCCCCCACACGAAAGACCCACUAAAGGCAUCCGCCACAUUGUGGGUCACGUUUAUUCCUCAGCUUGUGGCUUGACCCUCGCUUAAUUUUUUUUCGUCUUUGUAGGUAGCAAUCCACAGCCCUAAGCCCUGGUGCAUUUUGCGGCUUAGCCAAUCCAGAACUUUCUCAAUCUCCUAGCAUCACGACGAGCCCCGAACGAACUACGCCAUCCGAGUCGAGGUGCUCAAUUUUCACGACCGACAAGCGCCGUGAUCGCAUCACCACCGCCAACAUGGCUACCGAACUUACCGUCCAGUCGGAGCGCGCUUUCCAGAAGCAGCCCAUCUUCCUCAACCAGAAGGUCAAGGCCAAGACAACUCGCCCUGGCAAAGGUGGCCGCAGAUGGUACAAGGAUGUCGGCCUGGGUUUCCGUACCCCGAAGAACGCCAUUGAGGGCACCUACAUCGACAAGAAGUGCCCCUUCACCGGCCAAGUUUCGAUUCGUGGCCGUAUCCUGACCGGCACCGUCGUUUCGACCAAGAUGCACCGCACCGUCAUCAUCCGCCGCGAGUACCUCCACUUCAUCCCCAAGUACGACCGGUACGAGAAGCGCCACAAGAACCUCGCCGCCCACGUCUCCCCUGCGUUCCGUGUCGAGGAGGGUGACCAGGUCACCGUUGGCCAGUGCAGGCCUCUGAGCAAGACUGUCCGGUUCAACGUUCUCCGGGUGUUGCCCCGAACCGGCACUUCGGUCAAGAAGUUCAGCAAGUUCUAAUCGGCGCUUUGGCAUUUUUCGGCGUGUAUGCGGUGUGAGGGUUCUGCUUUGCUCUACCGGAAUGGGCGGUCACACAGGAAACUGCAUCGUCAUGAUUUGUGCAAUAGAUGCAGAUCAGAUCAUCAAAAAGAAUUCGAUCAACCAAACAUCGUCGAGACGGGGCCUAAAAACAGUGAGGCAUCGGGUUGAUGGAAGCUUUGAACGAAUUGGACCUGGGACGGGAAAAGAUAACCAAAAUGGAUCUGGUCGUGGCUACGUGAUGCGCGCCGCAUAAGGGGCUUUCCUGGUAUUGUCAUGCGUCGUGAUACGAUUCAUGAGCACAAGACAGAACAACAGAGACUUGUUCUUUCUGACCAACCCAUGCGGCUUGCAUUCUCCCAACAUUGACACUGUGCCAUUGAGAACGGGAGAUCUGGAGUUCAAGGGUC